AUUGGACUGAUCACUGAAUUGCGCCAAUUGCUCUGUUGGAAAUUUGUUGCCCCGGCUCGCAAUAAUAUUUUCUCUCUCGCAAAAGUUUCCCAAACGUACUGAACAAAGUACAAUUUGAAUCUAAUUCCCAACGAGUAGUUCUGCGAAAUGUCCAACGGUUCACGAUCUGAGCUAACAUCAGGAUAUUUUCUACUAGUAAGGGUAGGUAAACAUUGCUGUUGAAAUAGAUUUGCUGAAGCAAUUAUGAAACCGUUUAUUCCAUGAAGCUGGGACGCAUGAGACAAAGACUGAGAUACUAUCAACUCUCAUUGAGAACAGUUUGUCCACGGUUAACGUAAUAGUUGUUUGAAUUUGCCACUAGUUGUUUCUUCGCUACUAGUUUUGUUGGGUAGAAUGAUGUGAUAUUGUAGCUAGAUAGAACUCAUGUGAUUACCUGGCCGUACAUAUUCUAAGCAUUUCUGAAAUCGAGAACUUAAAAAGUGAAAUUGGUGCUCGGCAAAGCUAUAUUUUGCAAUAGGGAGUGAGCUGAGAUGUCAGAGGAAGGUUUUUGAACAAUAUAGAAUCAGGUAGUUGCGGCAGUCAUGGUGCUGGUUCGGCAGCUAGUGAUACGAGUUAUUAGCCUCUUCGACGCUAUAGUGCCCUAAGGAGGAUGAUCAUGAAAAGAACUUGAACAUUUGAGCAAGUCUGACAUACAAGCCUUUCGAACAGAAAUGAGCAUAUGAUGCUCACAUCGAAGACAACACUGGCAAAAUUUUAUAUCAUUUUAAUUGCAAUAAUUUAGUUGAAUUAUAAUAAUUAAGUUAAAUAGAUAAUGUUGCAAGAUAUAUAGCAUCUCUGUUGAAAUCGAAUGAAACUAUUUAGGGGCAUGAGCCGCGCCACCGUUCUCAACGGGUUACCAAGAAAACAUGAUUCAUUAUGGGGCAGAUAUGGGGCAUGGAUGAAAUUGUAACCUUAAUUGUUCCCAGGGUCUCUCUUCUUCCUGAAAGAAACUGGACCGAGUUAACGUUCGCAAAGACUUCUGGGAGCGUUACUAGGGACACGGGGAUGUAAUUGCCAAAAGGUGACCAGUGCGUCCCCAGUAACCAUCCCAGAAACACUUGCGGGACACAAGCCGCAUAAGGGUUUCUUUAGAGGCGAAUGGGAGACACGUGAUCCUCAGACCCUAUCAGAGACUCUAUCGGUGAGAGCGGGAACGUGAAGAAGAGAGAACCCUGGAAAAAGGUUGGUGCAUGUGUAAUAUGAGUAUGCUGAACUGGCAGCUAAUUCAAGCUUUUUUACUUUCAUAGGCGGCUUCAGAUGAAUCUUCGAUCGCAGCUUGUCCGCUGACCCAUCAGGUCCGAAUGCUCUGCAAGUUGAAGAAUAUCGAACCAUUGAUCAUGCCUUUUAACAUUCAAAAGAAAUCGAAAAAAUUCCUUGAAAUCAACUCCACUGGUAAAGUCCCAGUUCUUGUGCAUCAAGUCAAUGAGGACGAAGCUCUUGUUUUAGACGAUCCCCCUCUUAUCGCUAAGUAUUUGGAAGAGUUAUAUCCGGAUCCGCCCAUCAGGAGCAAGAGCAAGGAAGCUAUUGUUGCGGGCAGUGAUAUUUUCCAAAAAUUCUGUGCCUUGAUAAAAAACCAAGAUCCUUCUAAAGAAGCUGGGAUGAAGGCAGCGCUGUUAAGGAAAAUGGAAGCGUUGGAUUCGCUUCUAAAAAGUACGAAUGGUGCUUUCAUGGAAGGGGACUCUUUGAGAUUUUCAGAUUGCAGUUUGCUACCUAAACUUCUUCUUGUUCGGGUAGCUGCCAAGGAGCUCAAAGGAGUUGAAAUUCCUGCGCGACUGAGAGGAGUCUGGGGAUAUAUUCACGCUGGUGAAAAACAAAGUGUAUUUCUUGAAACGCGUCCAUCGAAUGAGCUCAUCAAGGAACACUGGUCUAGGCAUUUUGCUGCGCCAAUUAUUGAAGGAUACGAAAAAGACUAAUAUAUAUACACUGGAACCUUACAUUUGUUACUGACCAAAAUCCUCCAUAAGCGACUUAAAUUCUCUAACCCGGACUUCUGGCCGAAACAUUCUUCUUUCACCUUGUCAAUCCUUUCACCUCAGUUCAUGUACUAAUUGCGCGGUAAUCGUAGAUAGGGUGCGUUCGAGGUUAGAGCAAAGAGUCCUGCAGUUAUCGUAUCUUUUGAUCACAUAUGCACGGAAAUGCCACAUACAAGAGCUGGAAGAUACCUGGCAAAGGAAACCUUUUAUGCGAGUAUGUCCAGGGGCUGUUUACAUGGAGCGAGGAAGAUCUCAGUAGCUAAGGCAGAACAACGUUUCGCUGGGUUUACAUGCAGAAAUUUCGGUCCUUGUGGUGCCCAAGUAGAGAUCAGAAGGAUUAGCGAGGAAUCAAAAAUGGGCCCUUCGGCUCUCUUUUCUGACUUUAAUAAUUACCUUUCAGCAGAAUUAUUGCUAUAAUCAGCUCGUAGUAACGCCAAAUGAUAGAAAUAGUCGGCCUUUGUUGCAGUGAUUAGCCACUGAACGAUCCGUUGUAAUUUUUGUCUUGUUUGACUCUCGUACUAGGAUCUUCCUAGCGAAGGAAGUUUACAUGGUCUACAUGGUGCUAGGAUCUUUCUAGCACUAGCACCUACCUACCACUUUGGUAGGUAGAUCUUAGUACAAGGGACAAGUACAUGCAUGUAAACGGAAUACAGAAAACGUGGCGCGAAGAUGAUCCGCCUUCUUGGAUGUUCUUGGUGUUAGGAUCCUCCUCCCUGCUCCAUGCAUACAGCCACUCAGUUUUUAAGUGAACGUAAAAUUACAACUGCAUGGGCAUAAACAGGGUUCCUUGUCCUGGCAUGAUAUCAAGG